AUGAAGGCAAUGUUUCUAGUGCAGGUUUUCUUUCUGGGGCUUUGCAAUGCAUUUAUACUGGGUGCCAAUUCCUGCAAGUCCCCACCAGUGGCCACUGGAUUCCAGAAUGAGAGAUAUAACGGUCUGUGGUAUGAGGUAUCUAAGGCACAGACCGCUGGCGGGGGGUUCUUUGAGAAAGACUGCGUAUGCACGACAAUAGACGUACAACCUGUUCCCUCCUCUACAGCCGGGGACUCCAAAGCCAUCAACAGCUGUAGAAAACUGGCACCGAGUGGGGAUUUUAUGAACGCUACAGGAACACUGUCAAACGAGGGACCACUGGGUCACUGGAAAGAAGGGUUCUUCCCCGGAGCACCUAAAGCAGAUUACACUAUUAUAUACCUAACAGAUAACGUAGCUGUAGAGUAUGACUGCAGCUCCUUUUUGGGCCUCAUUACAAACUACUGCAUCCACAUCCUGUCACGAACCCCUACCAUCACCCCCGACGGGGAGAACGCCGCCAUUAAAUACGCAGAGAGUUUAGGAUUAAACACUCAAAAUUUACCUUACCAUAAAACUUUACAAUCAGGGUGCUGGUGAUUUCAAAAUCUGGAAACACCA